GCGUCAUACAAGUUAUCAUCCACUACAUCAUCGUCGGCGGCGGCGGCGAACGUGACGUUCCGGCCGGGCGACGAGCUCCGCAGGUACAAGCGGGUCCAGGCGCUCCUCAGAAGGCUCAACAAGCCGUCUCUACGGACGAUACAGAGCCCCGACGGCGACGUCAUCGACUGCGUGCCGGCGCACCUGCAGCCGGCGUUCGACCACCCGAGGCUUCGGGGACAGAGGCCACUGGGCCCGCCGGUGCGGCCGAGCGGACACCACCGCCGCCCCAAUGACACGGCGGACGCCGGCGGACAGCUCUGGGCAGCGUCCGGCGCGUCGUGCCCGAAAGGGUCUGUGCCCGUCAGGAGGAUCACGGAGGCCGACGUCCUCCGCGCCAGCUCUGCUAGGAGAUUCGGACGGGCGCCCACGGCCAGAGUACGGCGUGACUCCGUCUCCGGCGGCCACGAGCACGCGGUGGGGUACGUCGCCGGCGAGGAGUACUACGGCGCCCGGGCGAGCAUCAACGUGUGGGCGCCGACGGUGAGCACGGCGACGGAGUUCAGCCUGUCGCAGAUCUGGGUCAUCGGCGGCUCCUUCGGCAACGACCUCAACACCAUCGAGGCCGGAUGGCAGGUGAGCCCGCAGCUGUAUGGGGACAACUCGCCCAGGUUCUUCACUUACUGGACGUCGGACGCGUACCAGACGACGGGUUGCUACAACCUGCUGUGCUCCGGGUUCGUGCAGACCAACAGCCGGAUCGCCAUGGGUGCUGCCAUCUCGCCCACGUCCGGCUACAAGGGCGGGCAGUUCGACAUCAGCCUGCUGAUCUGGAAGGACCCCAACCACGGCAACUGGUGGCUGGAGUUCGGGUCCGGGGAGCUGGUGGGGUACUGGCCGUCCUUCCUCUUCAGCCACCUCGCAUCGCACGCCAGCAUGGUGCAGUUCGGCGGCGAGGUGGUGGACACGCGCGCCGACGGGGCGCACACGGCCACGCAGAUGGGCAGCGGCCACUUCCCCGGGGAGGGCUUCGGCCGCUCCUCCUACUUCCGCAACCUGGAGGUGGUGGACUGGGACAACAGCCUCAUCCCGCUCACCACCUUCCGCGUCACCGCCGACCGCCCGAACUGCUACGACAUCCAGGGCGGCGUCAACGCCGUCUGGGGGAACUACUUCUACUACGGAGGACCGGGGAGGAACGUCAGGUGCACCUAGCUUGCUUUGACAAUUGCCAUUGCCAUUGCCAUUGCCACGGGAGGAGGAGGAGGCCGGAUCAUACUGCUACAUGUUUUUUUCUUUUUCUUUUGGGAUUUAAUCAAGGAUGUACUGUACUAUCGGUCGUCUUUGCUGGUCUUUUA